GGGUGUUCCCCUUCCCCCCUCUUGCCCUUUGUUGCUUCUGCUGCUGCGGCCGACCUCGUUGGUUUCAAGUCGGUCGGCGCUGCGUCAACCCCUAGCGGGAGACGCCGCACCAGCAAGGGGGGCAAGAGCGCUGGAGGGGCUGGCGGGGGUGGUGGAGGUGGUGGUGGAGGCAGUGGAGGGGGUGAGGGUGGUGGUGGGAGUGGUGGCGGGGGUGGCGGUGUCGGUGGCAGCAGUGGAGGCGGAGGAGGCGGCGGCGGUGGCGGAGGGAGCGGAGGCGGCGGAGGUGGUGGAGGCGGCGGAGGUGGCGGAGGCGGCGGAGGUGGCGGAGGCGGCGGAGGUGGCGGAGGCAGUGGAGGUGGCGGAGGCGGCGGAGGUGGCGGAGGCGGCGGUAGCAGCAGUGGAGCUGGUCGCGGCUCUGCGCAGAGGAGUGGGUCCGGUGGUGGUCCGCGCCAGCAGCAGCAGCUCAGUCGUGAGACCCUGUCCCCUCAGCAGCUUCGUGAGUGGUACGCUGCGCGUCAGCGCGGUGGGGGUACUGAUCCCUGCACCUACUUCCUCCAUACCGGCGACCGCGCUGGUGAGCAGUGAGGGGGCCCGCACUCCACCCAGCGCUGCUUCGGCCGACUGA